CUUCGAUAGAACAGUAUGGCAGCCUCCACCGUAAUGUUAGAUAUUAAUACUGACAUAUUUGACCUCUAUUUUGGCCCAUGGGUUAAGUAACCAUAGCGUGGCCCGAUCGAUUGUCGGCGGAGUAUGGCUGAAGUGUUCCUGAGGCUGAGCGACACAAAUAACUUGGUACAUGAAACAAAUCAUGCACUUGGAAGAAGACGAGUUUGAGUGCAUUACAAGUUACAAGUUUAAUGUCCAGUCUACCAUUUCUUGACAUGACUGCAUGACAAGCUGCCUGUCACACGCACACUAAGUAACAAUAGGUCUAUUGACUGUGCAAGUCGUAAUUACUAGUAGUGUAUAGAGGAAUGACCAAAGCUUUACCAAGAUGUCGGUUCCAAGAUUAACUAAUUCCAGUUCACCUGCCUCGGUAUUACCCAAGACUCCUGCCAAGACUGAUAGCAAGUUGGAGUUCUUCUGUGGGUCAUGUGCAGCUGUGAUCAACAUCUGUUGCACUUUCCCCCUAAACAAGAUAAUGUUUAGACAGCAACUUUUAGGCUUGACUACAACACAGGCUGUGCGUCAACUUAAGCAGGAGGGCUUGUUCAACCUGUACAGGGGCGUGGUGCCUAUUCUUUGCCAACGCACAGUCACAAUGAGCAUUAUGUUUGGGAUGUACGACAAGUACAAGAAAAUACUAAAACAGAGCUAUCCGUCCAUGCCUGUUUAUGUAUAUCGACCCAUCGCUGCAAUGCUUGCUGGUUCAACAGAAGCCAUGCUCACUCCUCUAGAACGCGUGCAAAGUUUGUUGCAAGACCGACGCUACGAUCGAAGGUUUCAUGGCACUGUGCAUGCAUUUAGAGAGCUUAAAGGUUAUAGCAUGCGUGAAUACUGGCGUGGUGUCAUGCCAAUUCUAAUCAGAAAUGGUCCUAGCAAUGUCGUUUUUUUCGGUCUAAGGCAACCAUUUAAAGACAUGAUGCCAGUCGUAGAUACUAUACGCAAUCCAAUGCUUUACUACUUGGAACAUUUUUUGAGUGGUGCAAUACUGGGAGCGAGCAUCAGCACGAUAUUCUAUCCAGUGAACGUCAUCAAAACGAAAAUGCAAUCAAGAUUAGGAGGAAAGUUCUUGACUUGUCGCGAAGCAUUCUUCCUUGUUUUCAAUGAGAGAGGGCGAAGUUGGCGUAAUAUGUUUCGUGGUGUCAAUAUGAACUUCACGCGGUCACUGGUGUCAUGGGGAAUUGUAAACGCAUCCUAUGAAGCCCUAAGGAAGCUAGUCUAUGGCCGCAGCGGAGAAGAGCUCACAUCGUAGACGCACUUCAUCUGCUUGCCAUGUCAAGUCAACGACUCAGGAAUUGAUAAUUUACCUGAAGUACUAGCAGAAGCAUUGGCAUACGCUUUCAAAUUAUAGUGAUGUAACGUAUAAUGCACUACAUGCACAUAUGUGAUAGGUGUCAAAUGAGAGUAAUUUAACAGAAUAUUAUAGCAUUGUAUGUGCGUAGGUAUUUUGCAUGUGCCCGUUAAAACGUAAACACGAACGUUAAGCAUGCAACGUGUGCCACAUUUAAUUGCUAUUGUUGUUCAAUCGCCACACGCGUUAAGAGUCUGUACCACAUUAAACUCGGAAUACUGUCCAGUUUAUGUUUGCAGGGAAUCACAUUAUACCAGCAGCAUUUACCUUCAUUUAAAACAGCAUUCCGAGAAUUGCUGGUGUGAGCUAGGAAUAGAUCGAUGCAUCGAAUUAGUACGUCAGGUUUUAAGUCAAGUCCUUGUAUAGAGCUAUUAGAGCCAAUUACAUGUUCAGGUAAAAGGUGCAAAACCAAGCUGUAUCAGUAUUUAGCAUAUGCUAAAAACACGUUAUAGUGUACUCUAUUUACGUGACCUCACUUAACUGACGUGACGUCUAGUAAGAAUAGGUUCGGAAAUGAGGUAGAGAUAUCUUUUUUACAUGUCUAUGUAUGCAAAUAAAGCUACCACUCUUUCCAGCUAA